AUGCUUCCUCUUUCAUUAUUAAAUGUUGCUUCGGGUUCUCCCCUGUUGGUUGAACUCAAGGGAGGUGAUACAUACAAUGGACGUUUGGAAUCGUGUGACUCGUGGAUGAAUAUGAAUUUAACAGAAGUAAUUUGUACCUCCAAGGAUGGGGAUCGAUUCUGGAAACUACCAACGUGUUACAUCAGAGGAUCAGCGAUUAAAUACUUGCGACUUCCACCACAACUGCUUGAAAAAGCUAGGGAUGAGGGUCUGGACCAAGAACGUCAAGGAGGUCGCGGAAGGGGAGGCCGCGGUGGAGGCGGUAGAGGUCGUGGGAGAGGGGGCCGUGGAGGACGAGGUCGUGGAAGGGGCGGUGGAAGAGGCAGAGGAGGUGGAAGAGGAGGCCGUGGCGGCCGAGAUGGAGGCAAUGAUCAAUCCAACUCGAAUAGAAAAAACUAG